UUACUAUUACUAAUAAUGUUGUGCUGGUCCUAAAGGCCUUGAUCUAUGCCGACUUAAUACAGAUCGACGAAUCAGACCUUCGAGGGGAACAAAUGUUGUUUUGAUAGUGUUUUUUUGGGAUGUUUUUUCUCUGUCCGUUUAGCGAGUGAGGGGUUGUCUUUUAUACUUGCGAAACCCCCUUAGCCGAAGUUCGUGAUUGCAUAAGACUCGGGGUUGUCGGUCAUGACCUCCGAGUAUUCCGGGGUCAUGGCGGUUUAGAUACCCGACCUUCCAUCGUGGGGCUUAGCCAAUUGGGUUGGGCUGAAAAAAGGUUGGUGGGCCGAUUUCCUUCUCUUAGGUCGAAAACCUCAAUCGGAGUCGGUAUGGGUUCGCCAGGGUGUACACUAACCCUCCGACUUCGAAUCCCAAGAGAUUUGGAUGAGAAUGUCGUUCAAAAAACUCCCCUGCCGCGUGUUUCGUACGUUGGUGUCCUUUCCAAUGAAAAACUGCCACGUGGUCCAUGUUUUACGUUUUUCAGACUUCAAAAACUACUGCUUUGUCUUUUCGACAUUUAAAACCACUUUCAUAAUUGCUUGGCUUUCGUUUCAUCUUCUUACCCCUCUCUGAUUUUGUGCUUGCUUCCCUCCAUCAACUCUCUCUUUCUCUGGUUUGGGCAUUUUCUGCGCGCUCUGUUUAGCAGUUUUCUUAUUGUGGCUGGUUUUGUUUGGAGUUGGGGUUUAAGGGGUUUUUCGUUGUUGUGGGCUUGUGAGUUGUUUGGAUUGGAGAAAAUGACGACCUUGUAUGAUGACUUUUAUCCUUGGGCUCUGUUGGGUCUUUAUCGUGAAUGCACGUGUUUUACUUCGGAUCAGUUCAUACUUCGUUAUCGUCGGGGUCAACAGUUAUGCUAAAGCAAUGAACAGGACGUUAUUGAGGUGAGAUGUGAACUGGACGAACUGGUGUGUGCGAAUACUUCCACUGAUCCGACCGGUCCUUUCUGUUUUUUCUAUUCAACCUUGUUUUCGAAAGUCAGGCUGCAUCUUCCUUUGAGUUCCUUUGAGAAGGAAUUGUUGACCGUGCUGAAUGUGGCUCCUACUCAGCUCCAUCCAAAUAGCUGGGCUUUCAUCCGAGCUUUCUAUAUCUUGUGCACUCACUUUGGGGUAGUUCCGACAUCAAACGCCUUCUUGUAUUUCUUUGAAAUGAAAAAAUCCUCUAAGAAGAUGUGGUCAUCCUUAAAUAGCGUCGAGGGCAGGGGUUUGUUGACUUUGUUCCAAUCUUCCUAUAAAGGGUUUAAGGGGGGCUUCUUGAAAAUAAAGGCCCCUCCCCAUAAGACUAACCUUUUGGAGAGGUUUCCGCUAUAUUGGACACAAAAUCCGAGCAACCCUAUUGCUCACCAAAUAUCCGACCUAACUCAAGCUGAGAGGGAAUUCUGUCUCAUGUUGGAGCAAUUGAGAACUACUUUUGACACCAAGCAGCUUUUGAAUCUCAAGUUCCAGCCAUCCAAUCUGAAAUGUCACAUUGUUUGCAGAAUCCAGGAUGGGCAUGUCGAAACAAGACUUAGCCAAACGCUUCAAGGCUCUCAAGAGCUCUUCCCAAACCUCUCUUACUCAACCUAUCCAGGCGAACCCGGUUGUCCAGGAAGCCGUAACAUUGGUGUCCGAUGAGGAGACCACGCAGUCCGGACCGAGCUUUAAAAGGCGUAGACCUGUUGACCGAGCUCAUGCGGUACUAGAUGAUGCAACUAUUGUGCCUGUUAGUCGUGCGCAUAACGUCUUUGAAGGAGAUUUGCACUGUCUAAUGAACCAGGAGACUAAGACUAUUCAGGAAGAUGCCUAUGGGUUUUUCCAUAGGGCAAAAGUUUCUGUGGUAGCACUUUGUGGAAAACUAGAUCGGCUAACGGUCGUGGAUAAGGAUCGGGUUGCCGAACUAGCUUCAACUCGAGCACAAUUGACGACGGCAAAAGAAGAGGUGGUUCGGUUGACGGCUAAGGUUGAAGGCUUUCAAAGUAUGAAAAAGAAAAUGGAGGAGAGGGGAAAAAGAGUUACCGAGCUGGAGAAAAGGGUAGCCGAGCUAGAGAUUUCUUUGCAGAAAGUCGAGAGCGAAUUGGUGGAGAAGGAGCAAUCAUGGCGGGCUUUGGAGGAGAAAAUGACGAACGAAACUGCCUCAACAUACGGCGUGGGUUUCGAGGCGGCUUUGGAGUAGAUACGUCUAUUGUGUCCUUCUGCCGACAUAUCAAGUGUCGAUGCCAGCAAGGUGGUUCUCGAUGGUAGUUUAGUGGAGGAGUAAUUUUAUGCUUUAUUUACUUUAAUUUGUCAAUCCUUUUUAUCGCCAUUAGUUAUCUGUACUAAAGAGAAAAAAGGAACUAUUUUAUGCAUGUUUAUUUAGACUUCGUA